CAGCACACACUAGCGGACGGACGCGGACACACGCACCGCACAGCGCGCCCGCGCGAGGGAGAGACACGCCCGCGCCCGCCGUCCCCGGCGCCGCCCCCACCCCCCGAGGACCCGAUCCUCUCUGCGCCCUGCGAUUGCCAGUAGCCCGCGCCGCAGUCGCCAACCCGUUCGCGCCGGCAUGCGCCCCAGCAGCUAGAAGGAAGCAGCCCAGGAAGCGCCCCGCGCGCCUCCGCCCGCCCCCGCGCGCUCCCGUUCGUCCCCGCGGGGCGCCCCCAGCCCACGCCCCCCCACCUUCCCGGCGGUGGGGGGGUGCGGGCCCUCCGCGGGGGCCCCGCCGGCCCGGCCCCAAGCCAGCCGCGAUCGCGCGCGCGGCCCCCGCCCCGGCGCGGCCAUGGAUGUGACGAGCAGUUCGGGCGGCGGCGACCCCCGGCAGAUCGAGGAGACCAAACCGCUGCUAGGGAGCGACGUGUCGGGCCCCGAGGGCACUAAGGUGAUGGGCGCCGUGCCUUGCCGCCGGGCCCUGCUGCUGUGCAACGGGAUGAGGUACAAGCUGCUGCAGGAGGGCGACAUUCAGGUCUGUGUCAUCCGGCACCCUCGGACCUUUCUCAGCAAGAUCCUCACCUCCAAAUUUCUGAGGCGCUGGGAGCCGCACCACCUAACGCUGGCCGACAACAGCUUGGCAUCCGCCACGCCGUCCGGGUACAUGGAAAACUCGGUCUCCUACAGCGCCAUUGAAGAUGUUCAACCGCUGUCCUGGGAGAAUGCCCCGAAGUACUGUUUACAGCUCACGAUCCCUGGGGGGACCGUCCUGCUGCAGGCUGCCAACAGCUACCUGCGAGAUCAGUGGUUCCAUUCUCUGCAGUGGAAGAAAAAGAUUUACAAAUACAAGAAGGUCCUGAGUAACCCAAGCCGCUGGGAGGUUGUCUUGAAGGAGAUUCGGACACUGGUGGAUAUGGCCCUCACGUCCCCACUGCAGGAUGACUCCAUCAACCAGGCCCCACUGGAAAUCGUCUCAAAACUGCUCUCGGAGAACACAAACCUGACCACUCAGGAGCACGAGAGCAUCAUUGUGGCAAUUGCACCUCUGCUGGAAAAUAACCACCCACCACCAGAUCUCUGUGAAUUCUUCUGCAAGCACUGCAGGGAGCGGCCCCGGUCCAUGGUGGUCAUCGAGGUAUUCACACCGGUGGUUCAGAGGAUCCUUAAGCAUAACAUGGACUUUGGGAAGUGCCCAAGGCUGAGGCUCUUCACCCAGGAGUACAUUCUUGCCCUGAAUGAACUCAAUGCAGGCAUGGAGGUGGUAAAGAAAUUCAUUCAAAGCAUGCAUGGCCCCACAGGGCACUGCCCACAUCCCCGGGUCCUGCCCAACCUUGUGGCUGUGUGCCUGGCUGCCAUCUACUCCUGCUACGAAGAGUUCAUCAACAGCCGAGACAACUCCCCCAGUCUGAAGGAGAUCCGGAACGGCUGUCAGCAGCCAUGUGACCGGAAGCCCACCUUACCUCUGCGCCUGCUGCACCCCAGCCCAGACCUGGUGUCUCAGGAAGCUACGCUGUCUGAGCCACGGCUCAAGUCGGUGGUCGUGGCCUCCAGCGAGGUCCACGUGGAGGUGGAGCGCACCAGCACUGCCAAGCCGGCGCUGACGGCCAGCACAGGCAACGACAGUGAGCCCAACCUCAUCGACUGCCUCAUGGUGAGCCCAGCCUGUGGCACCAUGAGCAUCGAGCUGGGCCCCCAGGCCGGCCGCACACUCGGCUGCCACGUGGAGAUCCUCAAGCUGCUGUCCGACUAUGAUGACUGGAGACCGUCUCUGGCCAGCUUGCUUCAACCCAUUCCAUUCCCCAAAGAAGCUCUCGCACAUGAGAAGUUCACCAAGGAGCUGAAGUACGUGAUUCAGAGGUUUGCAGAGGAUCCAAGACAGGAAGUCCACUCGUGCCUGCUGAGCGUGCGGGCCGGCAAGGAUGGCUGGUUCCAGCUCUACAGCCCUGGAGGGGUGGCCUGUGAUGAUGAUGGGGAGCUGUUUGCCAGCAUGGUGCACAUCCUCAUGGGCUCCUGUUACAAGACCAAAAAGUUUCUGCUCUCGCUGGCGGAAAACAAGCUGGGCCCCUGCAUGCUCCUGGCACUGAGAGGGAACCAGACCAUGGCAGAGAUCCUGUGCUUGAUGCUGGAGUACAACAUCAUCGACAACAACGACACCCAGCUGCAGAUCAUCUCCACGCUGGAGAGCACAGACGUGGGCAAACGCAUGUACGAACAGCUGUGUGACCGGCAGCGGGAGCUAAAGGAGCUGCAAAGGAAAGGCGGGCCCACCAGGCUAACACUGCCCUCCAAGUCCACGGAUGCGGACCUGGCCCGCCUGCUGAGCUCUGGCUCCUUUGGAAACCUGGAGAACCUCAGCUUGGCCUUCACCAACGUCACCAGUGCCUGCGCCGAGCACCUCAUCAAACUGCCUUCCCUCAAGCAGCUCAAUCUGUGGUCCACGCAGUUUGGAGACGCCGGCCUGCGGCUCCUGUCGGAACACCUCACUAUGCUCCAGGUGCUGAACCUGUGUGAGACCCCAGUCACCGACGCUGGCCUGCUGGCCCUCAGCUCCAUGAAGAGUCUUUGCAGUUUAAAUAUGAACAGCACCAAGCUCUCGGCUGACACCUACGAGGAUCUGAAGGCCAAACUUCCUAAUCUGAAGGAGGUGGAUGUCCGCUACACAGAAGCCUGGUGAAAAGCCCCCUGAGUGCACAGGAUGGCGUGACACACAGACACA